AUGGGCUUCCUCAAUGCCUUCAAAGCUAAAUUUCGCAAGGAGGGAGAUGUACCUGGAGACAAAACCGAGCACAACAAUGAGCACAAAAAUGUGGCACCCAAUGACGACACCCAUUCCCAGUCUGAAGGUCAGACUUCAAAGCCCCCAAGUGAAAAGGAGAGCACUCUAGUCGAUGAGCCUUUGAUGAGAAAUACUACUCCCAAUGAUGACACCAAGAGUGAACUUGCGAGCCGUAAUAAUCCAACGCCUGUUCACAACGACUCCAACCGGGAGCUGGUCCCCAAAAAGCCAUUCGAUGAGCAGCCCACAGAAGAAGAAAAAAAAGAGGACAGUGACGCCGAAACGCCGGAGGAUGAGGAAGAAUAUCCAAACGCAUGGAGAUUGACUAUGAUCAGCAUUGCCUUGUGUCUAUGCGUGUUCUGCGUGGCAUUGGACAACACAAUCAUAGCAACAGCAAUUCCCAAGAUCACUGAUCAAUUCAACUCACUCGAGGACGUCGGCUGGUACGGAAGCUCAUAUCUUUUGACAACAUGUGCCGUGUCCCUGAUGUUCGGCAAACUCUACACGUUCUACUCUAUCAAGUGGAUAUAUCUCAGUGCGCUCUGCAUUUUCGAGAUCGGCUCGCUCGUUUGCGCUGUCACUCCCACCUCGGUCGGACUCAUCUGUGGUCGAGCCAUCGCCGGCCUCGGAGCGGCUGGUCUUUUCUCGGGCUCUAUCCUCAUUAUCAGCAAGAGUGUACCCCUAGUCAAGCGACCGAUGUAUACAGGUCUUAUUGGCGCGAUGUUUGGUAUUGCCAAUGUAGCUGGUCCUCUGAUGGGAGGCGCAUUCACCGACCACGUCACCUGGCGUUGGUGUUUCUAUAUUAACUUGCCUAUCGGAGCAGUGACUUUCCUCUUCGUGCUGUGCUUCUUCCAAGCACCUAAAGCCAUCUUGAAGAAGAACACCUUGAGAGAACAGAUCAAGGAGCUAGACCUGGUUGGCUCUCUCUUUUUCCUGCCCUCUAUCAUCAGCUUGUUGCUGGCGCUGCAAUGGGGUGGUACCAAGUAUGCAUGGGGCAGUGGACGCAUUAUCGGCUUAUUUGUGGUAUUUGGUGUUCUCGGUCUCAUCUUCAUUGGGGUGGAGAUCUGGGCCGGGGACCGCGCAACUGUCCCACCACGCCUGAUUAAGAACCGUAACGUUUGGGGCUCGACAUGGUAUGCCCUUGCUCUUGGUGCUUCUUUCUUCGUAUUGACCUUUUAUCUCCCUAUCUGGUUCCAAUCAAUCAAGGGCGCAACCGCCUUGAAAUCCGGCAUCAUGAAUCUGCCCAUGAUCAUCGCAGUCGUGGUUGUCUCUAUCCUGGCUGGUGGCCUCGUCACCACCUGCGGAUACUACACUCCCUUCAUGAUCGCCUCGGCCAUCAUCAUGACCAUCGGCGCAGGGCUCCUGACAACUCUAGAGACAGACUCAAACCACUCAAAGUGGAUCGGAUACCAGGCAAUCUUCGGUAUCGGCCUGGGUCUGGGCAUGCAGCAGCCCAUUAUCGUCGCUCAGACUGCCCUGAAGGCCGAAGACGUACCCAGCGGUACGGCUAUCGUCAUGUUCGCCCAGACUCUUGGUGGCGCUAUUUUCGUUUCCGUCGGGCAGAAUGUGUUCCAAAACCAGCUCAUCCGGAACUUGGCUCAGUAUGCGCCUGACGAAGAUGCUGCGAAGCUCGUAUCUGUUGGCGCUACUAUGCUGCGCACUGUUGUUAGUGGCGAUUCCUUACACCGUGUCCUGGUUGCCUAUAAUGCUGCUAUUACGCAGACCUUCUAUGUUGCUGUCGCCAUGGGCGCAUUGUCGCUCAUUGGGCCCAUCUUCGUUGAGUGGUUGUCUGUCAAGGGCAAGAAGGUCGAGGUAGCUCCUGUUUGA